AUCAUACAAAGGUUCCGAGUUAUUUACAUCUCUAGAACUCUUGCAACUCUGUGUUCAGUGUAGAUUUCACAUUCUGCACGUUCCUGAUUCGUUCUACGACGUCAGAAGCAAGAAGACGAACAAGUGAGUUCAAAAGGAUAAAUUUGAAAUUCGAAAAAUGCAUAUAUACUUCAUCUCGUUUCGAACCUUUUCCCUAAUCAGUAACACCCCAAUCCAACCACCCAUCUCAGCCAGUCAGUCGAACUACUGUAGUAGGAAUGGCACCAAUCUUGACUCAGUUUUUUCAAUUUGCCUUGGUUUGCGUGGUCGUUGUAGGCCUCACAACGACAGUAUGUGCGAGCCCAAUUCCAGUACCGGUGUACGUGCUUUGAGUCAUUUCUGUGAUCUAAACGAAACUAAUACACCUUCGGUCGCCUUUCCUCUCGUCUUAUUCUCAACCUACCUACAAUUACUGAUUCAAUCUCAUCCUCCCUGGGUUUAGUAACGACGCCGCGCUGCCGAAUGAGGCCAGAUAUUGGUGUGAGAGAUGCGUGGAAAGAAUUGGCAACGACGACUGAAGGCGCCGAAAGUUCAUACAAUGUGAGUUUCAGUAAAAGCGGAAGAUUCGGAAUAAACUGGCUAACUUG